AUGAUCCUGACCGAGAAUCUUACAAUAAUGCCCCUAGGAGCGGGCAACGAAGUGGGCCGCUCGUGCAUUCACAUCACCUACAAAUCGCUAAGCAUUCUCCUGGACUGUGGAGUGCAUCCUGCAUACACGGGCACGUCCUCUCUUCCGUUCCUUGACCUCAUCAAUCUGUCGACAGUCGAUGCCGUGUUCAUCACACACUUUCAUCUCGACCACGCAGGUGCGUUGCCGUAUCUCACAGAAAAAACGAAUUUCGCUGGCAAGGUAUUCAUGACACAUCCUACCAAGGCGAUUCUGAGGUGGCUGCUCAACGACUACAUCCGAAUUAUCAACGCAAACACAGAAAUUGAUUUUUACAGCGAAAAGGACCUGAACAACUGCUACGACAAGAUAAUUGCAAUCGAUUAUAAUCAAACGGUUGUGGUCAAAGACUUUAAGGUCAGUGCGCUCAACGCCGGGCAUGUGCUCGGUGCUGCAAUGUUCAUGAUUGAGAACGACCGGGUCAAAAUUUUGUACACGGGUGAUUACUCAACGGAGGAGGACAGGCACUUAAAGGGUGCAGACACGGCAUGGAUCAGCAAGUACGGUAACAUGGACGAGAAGGAGCACAGCAACGAUGAGACUGUCCAUCACUUGGAUGUGUUGAUCUGUGAGAGCACGUAUGGAGUGCAGUGCCAUCUGCCGCGUGAGGAACGUGAACGGCGGUUUACACAGGUCGUAAAUGACAUUGUCACAAGAGGUGGAAAAUGUCUUCUUCCCGUAUUUGCAUUGGGACGUGCACAGGAGCUGCUGCUUAUUCUGGAGGACUACUGGGAUAGAAACCCUCACUUGCACAACAUCCCGAUUUACUACGCGAGUGCGCUUGCCAACCGUUGCCUGUCCAUUUACCAGGCGUACACGCAUAUGAUGAACCUAAAGAUUAAAAAGGAUGCGUUCAACUUCAAGCACAUAAGGAACUUGAAGAGCGUGGACAAUCACCUGAUAAAAAACGCGUGCGUGGUGAUGGCAUCGCCAGGAAUGCUGCAGAGCGGACUGUCGAGGGAGUUGUUUGAAUCGUGGUGCGAAGACGCGAACAAUGGCACUGUUAUACCCGGAUAUUGUGUGCAGGGCACGCUUGCAAAGGAGAUAAUGACCGAGCCAAAAGAAAUAGUUGCAAUGAACGGGCAUAGGCUCAGGCUGAAUAUGCGUGUGGAGUACAUUUCGUUUUCUGCACACGUUGAUUACGUGCAGAAUACCUCGUUCAUAGAGAAGUGCACGCCAAGACUGGUGAUGCUGGUGCAUGGGGAGGUGAACGAGAUGAUGCGGCUGAAGGCCGCGCUCGAGAAGAAGCACAGCGUACUUGCGCUUAAGAACGGAGAACAACACGAGAUAAAGAUUAGGAAGGAGAGCGUUGCGGUGGGAAAGAACCUUGUGGAGGGCGAUAUCGAGGGUGUGGUGGUGAAUGAGCUGAGCGGCAUACGUGUUUACAGGCGGGACGAGAUGUCGUGCGAUUUGUACCAGGAGGUGAUGGUGCGUGAUAGGACCGGUGAGCCAGACACACGGACCGGCAAUUCAACGGGUAAUAACGGCUCAGAAAUGAGUGUAAGUCAGGUAACGAUCAAGAACGCAUUCAAUGCCACACCUUCUCUCAUCAAGCAGCACCUCCUCAAUUUCUUUCCUUUCAUACGGGGAAGCAACAAUUCAUUGUCUAUCCAGGACAUAAAACUGAUCAUUGAGGAUGAGAUAGUGCUGAUUUACAGGAGCACGUACGUGAACGAUUUGUUGGCAUGCACCAUAAUACGACUUAUUGAACGAAUGGUGACCAAAGAAAGUGUUAAGAUCAGUAAAAUAAGCAAGAAGAGCGCAAUUGUAAAGGUUCUGAAGAAUUAUUACGAGGUGAUUGAGAACGAAGAUGAUGUGGAGAUAAGCGAUGAGGGAAGACGGGUGGUAAUCAGUGAGAAGGGAAUACGAGGAACGGAGUCGUUGAUAGCAGAGGUGAGGAAGAUAAUCAAGAAGGUAGUUAGUAUACUGUGAAUUGAUUGCUAUGAGAAAUGUAUUCGUUCGGUGAGCUGGAAUUGCAAUUGGCCCUGUUAUACGGGUAGAUGAAUUAUCUGUGCGGAUAACCUUCAGAUUGGCAGGCCCGCUGGUAACGGGUCGGUGAUAUUUUCAUUUCUUUGGCACAACAAUGUACAUAUUUGAAUACCGAAAGAGAACAGCACUGUGCACACACCCAUUCAUUGGCUAAUCGCUUCACGUACUCCAUCGUUUGCAUCCGCCAUUCCAAAUGUACAAGCGGGUACCACCCGCUAUGCAGCGGACCGCUCGCAAAUUAAAUGC